AUCGAGACUACAGACAAAUGGUACCAACACGAGCCAGAGACUGUGAUGCACAAUAAAGACAACAACAUCACUAUCAUAUGGGACAUGCCGGUCAAUACUGAGUGAACUAUAACUUACAGCGAACAUACCAGAUAUCGUAGUUAGAGAUCCAGUGGAUUCCAUCUGGAAACUGAUUGAUAUGACUGUUCCAUCAGAAAGAAACAUCGCUCUGAAGGAAAUGGAGAAGAAAAGCAAGUAAAAGUACUUAGAAUAGGAAAUACAGAGAAUGUGGCAUAUGAAAACCGUGGUGAUCCCUGUGGUUGUUGGUGCGCUUGCUACAGAAAAGAAGAGGAUGGUGGAAGACAUAAAGAAAGUGUCAGAAGCACAUGGGAUCUGCGCGAAUCUUCCAAAAAGUGCUUGGGGUAUGAACAGAAUGAUUGACUUGAGUGACUGAUGCCCUAGGUGCAUGGUUUGCACCCGGCUGAUGCUCAAAAAAAAAAACUCCAGUUAAGACUGUGAUGGAAGAGAUAAUAACAAUGAUAACACAUAAAGGAGAGUGUGAUGGAAUUUAUGAACCGGCACCGCGUAUCGUCAUCUGAAAACCCUUUUGGCUAUUUGUGGCCCGAUAACUGCGCUCUCUACUUAACCGUUGUUGCCUUUCUAUUGCUGAAAGGCUAGAAGAUAGGUUCGAGUCACAGUGGAACUAAGAAUUCUACCAGAAAGAAGUAAGUUUUUGAAGAUGAAGCGGCUGAACUCGGCAAGAGAAUAUCCAUUGCGAAGGCAGAGCUGAAGAGACAAGGGACAGCAGGAAACUUAAAAAAAACAUAAGGCAAGAUCGCUUGACAACAAUUUAAACAAGAUACAAGGCGGUUCUACUCUUUGUUUGUAUUCAUGUGUGAUGGAACAUAAGAUCGACCUACGUAGAAAAAAAAAAGCUAAGAACGGUUCCCAUGGCAACACUGAUGUAUUCGAGAAUAUUGAGGAUGUGAGUAUCUUUUGGAAGAGCCUAUGGGAAACAAGAGGGACUG